AGUUGCGUCAACAACUCACGCUCGCUUGACGUGAACCGACGUUUGCAAGUUCGCUGCGACUAGAAUUGUUUACAAAAAUAAAGUUUGCUUAAAACAUCAAUUAUUUUAACUUUCGAAGUGUAACUAGUUUAUAGCUGGUGAGUCGGCGGUGCUGAAAAUUUUUAUUCGAGGACACCCGAUGGACUAAAGCCGCGGUCAUGGGGACUUGCUGUAGCAAGGAGAUGCCGCGGACGGAGGCGUAUGCACCGUCAACGGGGCCCGGCUCGUCCACCGCUCGGGCAUCGGAGCCCCGUGUUUCUGUGACCAAGGUGGAGCCCAGGAUCGUCGAUGAACUGGUUCUAGAGCUGCUGUCGUUGAUAGGGACGUUUGUUGACAAUGAAGAAGAAUCGCCCCUUUCGUUAGUCAAGCUUCAUGUUAUUGCCGAUAAAGAAGAAGGAUGGUUCCAAGUGGUUUCGUCGUUGAUCAAAAAGAUUCCACUAGAAAAUCCUUUGGGACCUUCUGCCAUUACCAUUGCAUUUGACGAUUGCCCACUCCCGUCUAAGGAGCAAGUGAUAAAGUUGAUGGAGAUGCUAGGACUGUCGGCUAUGCGGGCACUGUCGGGAGAUAUCAAUGUGCAAGUAGAGCGCAAUAUAUGCGUCAUCCUAGGAUGCAUCGCCGACAAGUUAGCUGGGCCCAACAGCAUAGCCGUGCUUACUGAAGAAACCCUUGACUAUAUGCUGUCUUUCGUGAUGUUCCGCCGUGAACCGCGUAUAGUGCUGUACGCUUUAAUAGCGCUUGAAAAGUUCGCUCACACCACUGAGAACAAGCUGACUAUCAAGGCAAGACUUGACGCUGAGGUGGACAAUCCGCUGAUGAAUUUGGAGCAACAUGCCGAAAGCGCCGAUUUCACUUGGCGCCAGGUCGGCUUCUGCGCCAAGUGGGCGCUUGACAAUCUAUUUACGGUACCCGGCCGUCCUCUGAGUUACGAAACGGCGGACAUGUCAGAUAUUAACGCCAUUUUGAAUACGCAAGAUGUGAGCGAGUACUUGAAGAUCUCGUGCGACGGCUUGGAGGCCCGAUGUGACUCGUACUCCUUCGAGAGUGUUCGGUGCACCUUCCCGGUGAACUUUGGAGUAUGGUAUUACGAAUGUACCAUUAUAACUCCGGGCGUUAUGCAGAUCGGCUGGGCUACUAAAAGCAGUCAUUUCCUCAACCAUUUGUCAAUGGCACCAGCGAAGUGGCACCCGUCUGAGGGGUAUGGCAUCGGGGACGAUUUGUAUUCGCUAUCGUAUGACGGUUGCCGUAAGUUGAUAUGGCACGAGGCCAAGCCUUCGCCCGUCAAGGAUGUGGAUGUUUGGCAGCCGGGAGAUAUCAUCGGCUGCCUCAUAGACAUGAAUGAGGAAGAAGCGAUAUUCUCGCUCAAUGGACAACGAAUUCGUACUUGCACGAAUCUGUUUCGAGCUGCGCGUGUAAACCAAAUUGAUUUGACCAGAAACGGGUUCUUUGCGGCGGCUUCGUUUAUGGCUUUCCAACAAUGCCGAUUCAAUUUUGGAACUGAGCCGUUCAGGUUUCCGCCGACUGACCGAGCGUUCGGCAACUUCAACGAAUUUGGAGUACUCACUAAUGAUCAAAAACGGGUGGUGCCUCGUCGCUUAGAACUUGAGAAGCUGCGCAGCACGACUGCGAAGGAGAACUCGUGCACGCUAUGCUAUGAUGCAGACGCGUGCUGCGUGCUCGAACCCUGCAAGCACCGCGGGUUCUGCUCACUGUGCACAUCUCAGCUGAAGGAGUGCCCGAUGUGCCGCGCCGCCAUCGUGAACGUCACAACAGAGAACACGUGACAAGAGGACUCCUCGCUCUCGACGAUCAGCGAGCUCAACAGCCCCAACAUCACCUUCGAGGAGUCCCCCUCCCCGCCCUUCAACCGCCGCGUCCCCCAUCCCCUCACCCCCAACGGCUCCUCCACGACUACCAGCUCCUCCUCCACCUGGUCCCCAAUGAACCCCAACUUCCCCGAAGACGAACCCCGCGAUAUUAUCGCCUAUGUAAGAUAUGAAUAAUUUCGCUGUUUGCUGUUGACUUCUGGCUGAUCCGUGUUAUUCCUAUAGCAGACAUCGAGUACAUAACGUUGUUAUUUGUUGAUUGACGAUGGCGCUUCUGUACAUAUUUGCACGGAGUUUGCGCACUUUUGUUCUUGUGGUUUUUGGAACGCAAUGUUUUUUGACCAUCUCUACCCUUUAGUUACCCUUUAGAUACUACCUUCCCCCCACUCUAUAUAAAGCCUGCAUUUGCAACCAAUAUUGUAUAUUAUGUCCCAAAAACCAAAAAGAAAGUGAUCGAAUGAUUGUAACAUAUUGUUUAUCUCAAAUAUUUAAUUAAGGUUAAAAAUAGAACAUAAUAUUAACAAGAUUGAUUUGAUUGAUUGUACGAAAUGAAAAGUAUCAAUCAACAUCGGCCAGCUAUGACGGAAUAACGUCUGAUUAUCUAUAAUAAUAUAGUCUAAUAGUUUAAAUACGUACAUAUAAUAGUCUUUAUCUGGUGCCACUAUUGGGGCUCAGAAUUUGUCUCUGUGAGACGCAGUUUAAGUUUAGGACUAUUUUGCUAUAAAUCAAAAACUAUGCCAGUAUAUUUUUAUAUCAUAGUUUACUAUUUUUCUAUAUUAGACAUGUCCUCCGUAAUGUCUACCUCUUUCAUUACACUAUUCUCCGUCCGUUAUCGUAUCUCCCACCGUAAGAGUGACUAGAGAGGCACCUGCUUAAAACAUCGAUAAGAAACAUAGAUAAUACGUUUGUUUAUCACUAGUGUUUUUCUAAUUCUUAUAAUCUUGAAAAACACGGGUAAAUGAGUCCUCAGGAUGAGCCACGGUUUGCCUUACGUACCUUGCAGUAUUAUAAGAGAAAAACUUAAAUAUUUUUUACACCCGUAUCGGGUUAUGUACUCGAUGGAAGAAAAUGUCUAAAGUGCGCGUCGAUUCUGGUGGUCUUGCAAAUGCGUCGUGUGAAAUAAUGGUGCUGUGCAACCCGACUGUGGUCUGUAUAUACCUAUAAAACAAACAGCCUACCAAAUAUUUGUGAAGGAAAAUAUAUUUAGUUAAUUCCAAAACUAGAAUAAAUGUUGGUGAUAUGUUUUGUUCAUGGUGCUUGUGAGACCACUCGAAUGUCGAUGUGCAAUCAUUCACCAAUUCAUCGUUCACUCACUCUUCCAACUGUCAUGGUGGUAGAAACUAAGCUUCACAUUCCUGAGCAAUGUCGCGUUUGUUGAAUAAUUAUUAUUAAACGUGAAUAGUAAAGUUUAUCACAGAUUUAAUUAAAAUACUGAUAGUAUAAUAAGUGUAUUCCAUUUGCAUUUACUACAUAAAGUUGAAAAACACAUGACAAGGUAAUUAUAAUCCUGAUGAAAAUGUACUUGACUUAGUUUUAGACUAAACAAAGUGCUAGUCACACUUGAAACAUGUGUCAUUGCUAGUUGACAUAUACUUUAUUUAGAAAAUAAAUACUGAUAUAUGACGGUGCCCAAAAGAGCUUUACUGUCGUAGUAUUUGUUAAAAUAUUUUUACACUAAUCUUACUUCUUUAAACCAUACUCAUUUUGUUUGUAGACACAGUAAAUUCAAUGUCAUUCAACCCUGUAAUAACGUCCACUAUAUCUUGAAUAGUAUACAAUAGUAUUUUCUUUAAUUAAGAAAUUUAGCGCAAACGUAUUUGACUUUUGCGCAAAAUGUGUUAUUUUGCGCAAAGUCAAUGUAUGACUACAAAAAAAAUAAUUGUUGUCAUGUAACAAUUAGAUCGCUCCACCUUGCAGUUUAUUAGACUGUUUGAUAGACCUUCAUUUAUAUUAUAAUCGUUAAAUCAUUCAAACUUUGUGUUCAGUUUUCUAUGUCGUAGAAAUUUUGUAUUUUUUAAGUUAUCUUGUUGCAAGUUUCAUACAGCGUUAAUUCUUUCUUAGGUACACGUAGUGUGUGGUUGUUAUGUGUUAUCCCUGUUAUGCAAGUGCGGGUAGAUAUUACGGAAUGCGUCUUUAUAUCUUUAAGUAAUUUAUUCUGUAUUUUUUUUUAACUUUGACGUUUGGAGACGUUUUGUUUUUUUCUUAUUUUUUACUGGACUUUAUAUUACUAUAACGACCAGCAUUUUUUCUCCUAAUAAACCAUUGAUUGGUAGAAAUCUAAUCGAUAUAGACUUUCCCCUUUACAUAGUAGGUAGUAUGUAGUUUCAAUAUCUCUUGUAAAUUCAUAACUUCUCGUGAUGGUCGUUACGCCCAGGCUUAAAUGGCGUAUGAUGUCCCUGACUAACGGAGACUGAUUGACUGCUUGGAUUUGGCUUGAACCUACUUUAGAUAGUUUUUCGUAAUAUCCCCUCUCUUUUCCACACUACCACUUGGUUUUUUCAUUGUUUGUUUAUGAAUAAAUGUGACCCCUGAGUACAAUGGAAGCCCAGCUUUACGCAUAUGUUUGCAUGUGUGUGUUUCCAAUCCCUGUAACAUACUCAAAUAUUAAAUUAAUGUUCAGGUAAUACACGAAUCACGCAAGAAUAAGUCUCCGUGAACCGACAUCAACUCAAAUAUAAUAUUUUUCUUAAAUUAUGUGUUUAAUUAUAUGUGUAAUUUCUUCGUAGGAAUACGUACUGUUACCUUCUAGAUAAGAUUUUCCGAAAUCCAGCCAGUAGCAAAAAUACUAUAUCGUCACCGAUCCAUGUGUGUUGUCGUUUCCAUGCUGUCCCAAAUAUACAGUAUAUUUCAUCCAUACAUUCCUUAAACAAUAUAGAUGUUGUGAGUUUAUGACAUUAAACCAAUUGGUGUCUAUUUAAACUUACUAGAUGUUAAGAUUACUUGUCGAAAGUGUCAAGUUAAGCGCACAGUUACCAUCUAGGGGGUUUGUGAGUAAAGCACGAAGGUAAUUAAUACUUAUUAGUGAAAUAAAUAUAUGUAUAUUCAAAUAUUGUUAUUAGACUAGGAAAUAUAAAAAUAAAUUCAUCAAUUUCGAUCCCAGGUGAGGCCUUUCAUAGUUUUAAAAUGGAACUAUGGAGACUGCAAAGCGACCACUUUAUGAUACUCGGCUUAGGAAUGAUUCAAUGGUGCGAUAAAAAAUAUCGAAUUUAGUAUGUAAAAUGAUGUAUAAGGAUAACCUGUGAAUGGUCUUACCAUUUAAAUUACAAUCCAUUAAAAUUCUACUACCUACUAUGUUUUGUUGAUAAGACUAUUUAUUUAGAAGAUUUUUUUGUUUGUAAUAGAAUUAAGAAAAUUAGGAACUUUACUCAUUGCCAACGGAGAAUUAGGUACUUACUCAUCAAAUAUUAAAUCAUUUUCUUCACUUGUAUGUUUGCACCAAAGCUCUAUAUGAUAGCUUCAUUUCUUUUUAGUAACUUAUUGAGUAGGUAAAGUUAAUUGAAAGACGGUAUUAUUUUCGAUGCAAAAAUUUAUUAAUUGUAGGACUAGGAUUAAGUAUGAUUUUUCACUUAACUGUAGAUUCGUGCCAAAAUUUUGAACUUAGGAUUUAACUGCGAAAGAUUUAUUUAUGAUCUUAGUGCAACGUUUCUUCUCUUAACUUAAAAAAUAUCUAAGCGAAGUAAUAUUUAUGCUGCUUUUAAAUAAAAUUAUUAUAACAAACACGGCAAUGAGAAUGCCAGUGAAAAGCUUUGUCGUCCAGAGAAACAUCACAUCCCACGUUCAAACAAUAAAAUUAGCUCCUGUGGAUGAAAUAUCGACAAAGAGACAAUCUUUCUCUUUGUCGAUAUUUCAUCCACAGAGAUAGAUUUAUUCGUUUAAAAUUACUACAACAAACUUUCUGAAAAAAAAAAAGAUAGGAACAGAACAUAAAUUACCUAUAUCAAUUAAAAACAAACGAAUUUAAAAACUAUUUAGGAACUGUCUCACAGUUGACGUUCAAGUUAGAUAAGUAGGCGGUUGAUUAUUACAUAUUUACAUUUAGAAUAAGGUAGAUGCCAGUAACCAAAAUUCAUUAAACACCUACAAUAUCAUAGGGAGCCAAAACUCCUUGAAACCUUUGCAGGGUUAUUUAUGACGUAAUGGCCUAUAAUAUAGUAGAUCUUAAGGUGAAACCUAGUCACUUGUACAGUACAUAAUAAGAUGGCCAAAUUAAUUAGUACCUACAAUAUUAACAUUUAAUGGGAUACCAUCUUCUCAAGAACUUAAAUAAAUACUUAUGGUAACUGCUAAUAAAAACCGCUUACUUAGAAUAUAUAAAAA